CAAACACGGGUCGGGUUCGUUCCCCGGGUUCGUGAUAUACGGCCAGGGCCACGGUUCACUCGGUGGUGCUCAUUUUGCGAACGUGAUCUCGGUGCGGGCGGACCUCUUGCGUGCUUCUCAAACAUGUGGCCCAGGCCUAUCCUCCUGUGCGUGGCUCUAAUGAGCAGCACCGCUUUCGCUUCGAGUACGAAGGGCAGCGUUUCGUUGCUGACGUCCACGUUCGACAAGAUCGUUCCCAAGUUCAAGGUAACUCUGGUCAAGUUCGAUGUCACCUACCCUUACGGAGAGAAGCACGACGAGUUUGUGAAAGUCGCCGAGGAGUCCCAAAACACCCCAGAUUUCCUGGUUGCCGAAGUUGGCGUGCAAGAUUACGGCAACAAGGAAAAUGCGGACCUCGCCGAGCGAUUUGGAGUUAAGAAGGACGACUACCCCGUGCUGAAGCUGUUUGUUGCCGGUCAGGAAGAGCCAGUGACAUUCACGGGAGACUUUAAGGCCGACGAGAUCAAGGCAUUCGUCAAAAAGAACUCCGGUAUCAAGUUGCAGCUGAAACACUGUCUUCCAAAGUUCGACGAGCUGGCUACCAAGUUUAUGAAGGAGGAAGACAAGACCAAGCAGGAAGGCAUCCUGUCCGAGGCGAAGAAACUUCAGGAGUCGCUCGAGAAGGAGGCCGACAAGAAAUCCGCUGACGUCUACAUCAAGAUGAUGCAGAAGGUGUUGGAGCGCGGCAAGGGCUUUAUCGACAGCGAGACUGAACGUGUGAAGAAUAUCCGCAAUGGCAAGAUCACGCCGGCCAAGAAAGAAGAGCUCCAGGGACGUCUCAACAUCAUUGGUUCCUUCGUCAAGGACGAGUUAUGAGAAAGUGGCACAUACUACAUCAAGCAAUCAUGGCUGUUUCUUUUUCACUGAGAAUUCUCCAUUUCACAGUGUCCCAAGUGCUGGACUUCUUCAUGCAGUGACAUCAUAAACAUUUUGAGGGGCUUGGAAACUAUCCUUCUUCUUAGAAGGGGAAAGUGUUCUCGCUUCCCACCGGGUUUCUUGUUUUAUCAGUGGCUGCUAGUCUAGUUGUUUUUUUUUGUACCUCCGCGGGAUGAGAGCGUGCAUGUUUUUUUUUUUUGUUCUGCCAUGCAUUUUGUUGAAUCAAGUCAUUUUUUUUUCAUUAUCACCAUAGACAAAUUUGUUUUUCAGGAAAAGACAAAUAAAA